AGAAAAUCGAUGACACAAUGGCGAUGUACUUGCUGCAUGAUGACAAAAUCAAGUAUUUUUGCAGAACACUGGAAAAAAGCUUCGCCCGCGCGUUUGCCCGCGUGGAGAGAAGCGAGCCGAACGUGCUGCGGUAUUUUGUCCCCGACCCCGACGUAUGGAUUGCAAAAAUGUCUGGGUCUGGAAGGUUACAAGACUUGUGAUGCGAGUUGCGGACGAUGCAAAGAUCUGUGUUGCAUGACUGGCAAAAGGUGCUCACUUGUGGCCAUGCUGAGAGGCUAUAAUUUCUCGUGCAGCAUAGGCAUCACGAAGGACGUGCAGAACCUGUCAUGCUAGGCCCCGCAUUCCAGACUUGGCAGAGCUUGGAAAAACUGCAUGACACGUCUCGACCCAGACACAUUUGCAAUGCAUAGGACGACCCCACGGGGAAGGAGACUGCCGUCGGUGCCACGGCGCGCUUCGCGAUGGCCAACGGGGUCAACAACCUGAGCAGUUUCCUGAUCCUAUCAAAUGCAAAAAUGUCUGGGUCUGGAAGAGUGGAAGAUUUGUCAUGCAGGUUUUCCAUGACCCAUGAGGUCUGCAAUGCAUGGUCUAGCAUCACAGAUUUUGAGAGGGCUUCCUGAUGCCUGUUCCGCAUGAGAAAUGCCCUCUCGCCGUGGCAAAAACUGGACCCCUCUUGCUGGUCAUGCAUUUACAGAUUUUUUUCGAAUCCGAAGACAGCAUCACAAGUUGCAUUCUUCCAGACCCAGGCACUUUUUCAUUUGAUAGAUCCUCUGGGCACACGACGUGGUGCUGGAGGAGAAUCCGCAGAAAUUUUUCCCGAACAUUUACCGCAGACGGCGGGAGUUCUUGGAAGUGAAAAUCGAGGGGAUGAAUGUCGAGCUGGAGGUCACCCCCGGGAAUCUGCUGCACGGCCGCGUGCAAAUGGCGACGCUGUCUUUGCGCUUGAGCAUGGACCCCGUCGUGUCGGGUUUUGGUACAGGUACUACGCCGGCCGAAAAAUAGUUUUCCUCGUAUCUAUACUGGGCCGAUGGAUACAUACAGAUUUAUUUUGGGUCUCCGGUGGAUCCGAAGGUCAGUGAACGGGCCGAGACUGCUGGUAACGAGACGAGACUCUGAGAAUCACACACCUUGCGUCGACAUCAUGAACAUGAUGUAGAUCAUGCUGCUGUUUGCACAUACAGGAAGUUGAUGAUAUCGUAUCUGCCGCCAUCUUCGUCAGAAGUUACCUAAACUUCUAUCCAAAGGAAGUUAAUCCCGAUUUUGACAAAAAAGACCUACAAUUAAAGCUGAAGGCUCUUCAUAAAAAUCUAAGCUGUUUACAACUUUGAGCUUCGUUUCAUGUGACGCUGUUCACAUUUCGUAUUCCGUAAAAAUGUAACCUGCAAGCAUAGUAAAUGUUCCCUGCGCUGCUUUUCUCUGCGAGAAGACGUAAUCCUUAAAAAUGCGAGCAUUUCUCUCUCGAGGAUGCAAAACUUGGAACUCCGUUUUUGAUGUUGAAUGAUGAGUCACUCAUCAACUAAUAUGGACGAUGGUCUCGUCCACGGGCACGGCGUUCUUGGUAAAAAUACCAGUAUCGUCCUC